UCCUAACUAUAUAUUUCUUGAUUCUGAGACUCGAAGAGGAUAGUUCACUGAAUCCUUGGUUUGGGUUAAAGAAUGUUUGUGUACUGUACUUGGUUCGGGUAUUACGGCUAAUGAAUCUGUGGAAAUUCCUCCUCACCAUAGGUAUAUAAUAUAUCCCAUACUUAUAUAGACCUUCCAAUAAAUUCGUAUGAUUAUAUGGUAAUAAUCAAGAAUAAUACAAAUAUCAUAAAGCACGAGGAUACCAAAGUUUAAUUACUAUGAACUUUGUGUUGAACGACGAGGGUUCAGGGUUCAUGGAGAUGCUCGACAUCUUAUUGGUUGAAAAGUUUAUAUAGAGUUGAUUGUCUGAGCCACUGAUUGGUUCUUUAAAUUGUGUGGGACCUUUAAGCCAACACUGACAUGGGUCAUUUCAUAACACGUUACUUGCUCCUUCUCUACUGAUCCAACUCUUCUUCUGCAUUAAUGUACUUGGAAAAUGGAGCCAGCAGAUGCAGGUGUGUGGAGGGUCCUUCGGCGAAGUAGGCACAGACAAGGUGGCUACAAGCAGGAGACUUCACUGCCAGUUGGGAAUGAAAUCAGUGGGAGGGUUCCUGCAGCACUUGUGCACCCCUUCCCACCAGGAGAAAAGGGUGAGAAAUUGGGAAAUAAGAAUUUUACACCAAAUUUCAUCCAUAGACUUGAACAUAGUCCCACCAAUUUCCCAUCUCCGUAUCUUCUCAGUGCACAGACCACUUCGCCUUUAACUCCGGUGUGUGGACUAGUAAGAGCUCCUCCCUCCAUAACUCUCAACCUGGAUGGCAUGGUCAAUUGCUCAUCAAAUAGUCAGGACAUGGAAUUACAGAGUCUACGUUAUCAGGUGCAAGAAAUCCACAACAAACUGAAUGGUGAUAUCAAAGGAAAUUCUGAGUACCAACAGUUACUAUCUGAGAAGAGGAAUUUGGAAGAAACACUGGGGUCCACAGAAUAUGCACUACAGCAACUUAAAACUACAUACAAUGGUCUGAGGAAUAGUGCCUCUGCCUCAGAACAAGAAUUUUUACAGAAGCUUGAGGACAUUCAAGAAAAAUAUAGACUUCUUAAUGAAAGACACUGUACUGCAUCAGACCAGUUGACAAGACUGAAAGACUACCUCCGAGAUCUUCCCACUCUCAGCGAGCACCAAAACCUUCAACAGGAAAUAUUACAGAAGUGUGCACAGGUCUCUCUUCUGUCAAGCAAAGUUGAUUAUUUAUCGGAACAAAUGAAGAAGCUAGUGAAGAAAGAGAAUGAACAAGCUGCCACCAUACACACACUCACACAACAGAGGGAUGACCUUUCACUAAAACUUGACCUAAGUGAAAACCUCCUGAAGGAAUUAGAGAGCCAAAGAGCAACUGCAAGUGAGGAAGGUCAUCCUAGCAAAGAGGAUUUGCUGUGGACUUCGAACCAACUGAAGAAGGAGUUAGAAAGUGCCAAAAAGCUGCUAAACUACAGGAAGCAGAAGGUUGAGUCAUUGCACAAAGACUUUCUAGCACAGGACAAGAUGUAUGCAGAGAAGCUAGAGGCAGAGCAAGAGCAAGGGGAGAAGCUUAAGGAAACUGUAUGGCAGUUAGAAAGGGAUUUGGAACAGUACAAGAUAAAGGAAGAGAAGAUGAUAAGUAAGUUGACGAAUGCAGAACAGAAACAGAAAAAGACAGAAGAGCGACUUGAGAUGGCCCUCGGACAGGUAGCAUCUCAGUGCCAGAUGUCAUCAGUCAUGGAUUCCAUGUUAUCAAACCUACACAUUGCUGUUCACCAGCUCAAGGAUUUGGUGACCAUCUCCCAGCAAAUCAGUGAGGGACAUUCUCCAGAUAUCUCCUUGCUCCUCAAUUUCUCAGAAAGAAUCAAUAUGUGGGAGUUGGCCACUCACAGCAGCAAGACCAGCUCAUCACCUGCUGACCUGGCCUCAUGAAUACCCCCAAGUAUGUACUUGUGUGUUGUUGCCCCCAACCCAUAAUUUUUAAGUGAAAAUGAGUGAAUCUAAGAAUAGAAAAGCUGAAGCAGUGUCGAACAUUCAACAAGGAAUGGACUUCUAAAUAUUUUUUUUACUAACGUGGAUGGAAAAGCAGUGUGUUUAAUUUGCAAAGAAAGUGUGGUGGUGCUAAAAGAAAAACCUAACUGCCAUUUAGAGACCAAGCAUUCCAGUAAAUAUAAAACACAUUUGAUGAAGAAAGCUAAUGAGAUGGUUGCUCAAUUACAACAAAAGUUUUUUCAAAAAACAAUUUGCAUCUCAGGAUAUUACAAGUUAUGCAAUUGCUCACAAAAUUGCAAAAAAAAAACCGCAAGCCAUUCUCUGGUUGAUUCUGCCUCUUAUGUCCAGACAUGAAAAACUAGUUUGAGAAAGUAAGUUUGUUAAAGCAAACAAUUGUAAGACAUGUAGAGGACAUCGCUGAGAACAUGUAUCUGGAGUUUAAAAGAGAGUAAGGACUUUUUCAAUACUGUACUAUUCACUGGCACUUGAUGAAAGUUGUGAUGUCGGACACAGCAUAGUUGUUAAUUUUCAUUUGAGGCAUUAUCAAAAUUUUUGAGAUUACAGAAGAAUUGGCAUCAAUGCAGCCACUGAAAGGAACAACUGGAGAAGACUUAUUGGAGGCAGUAAAUUACUGUAUUUUGAAAUUAAGAAUAGUGGAAAAAAAAAAUGGUAAAUGUGACCACCGAUAGAUGGCCAAAUCUGACAGGUAAAAAUGUUAAGAUUGUUGAAAAAAAUUCAAGAUCACAUCAGAGAAAAAUGCAGAAAAUAUUCUUUCUUCACUGCAUUAUUCAUCAAGAAGUCCUUUGUAAGCUUGUUUUCAAUUUAAGCCAUGUCGUGGACAGAGUUGUAAAAGUGGCUAAUUACAUUCCAACAAGAGGAUUUAAUCAGUCAGUUUAUAAUCCUGCUGAAAGACUUGGAAUCUGAUCAUAAGGAUGUUCUGUAUCACAAAUGUGAGGUGACUUAGUUUGGGAAAAAUCCUGAAAAGUUUGUGAACUGAAAGAGAUUGGCUUAUUUUUGGACAUAAAACAAAGCUACGGGUAUAGAUUCCCACAGUUGAAUGAUGAGAAAUGGCUCUCCUAUUUGCUGUUAUCAUGGGUAGUAUGAAUGACCUGAAUUCAAAGCUACAAGGUAAGGGGGUUUUGCUCAUGAUUUAUACAACAGUGUCAAGGCUUUUAUGAAGAAAUUACUUUUGUCUCAUCAGAUAAACAGUAUGCUCACUUUGCAACCUUACAACACAUUGCAGUUUAUCAAAAUGUACAGAAGUACUCAUUGCAGCUACUUGACUUGCAUGCCAAAUUUUCACUGCAAUUCUAGGAUUUAAAAUUAAUUUAAAAUUACAUGUCUUUGGUGUCUUAACCCUUCUAAAUUGAUGUUGACAGCCUCAUUUGACCUACAACUCGAGCUUAUUAACCUGCAAUGUGAUACUCUGCUUUCUGAGCAGAUGAAAUCAGUCUCUUCCCAAUUCUACACCUCUAUUAAUGGCUGCAUUUCCAAAACUAAAGGCUCAUGCCCAAAGAAUGCUUGUGCCAUUUGGAUCUACAUACUGUAUGCAGACAUUUUCGGUAAUUUAGCCGAAUAAAUCAAAAUAUUACCUUGAACAAGUACUUUUCAUUGCAACAACGGAGGCAACACCUGACAUCAGUGGUCUGGUUAGCAAUCAUCAGCGUUGUCAUUCAUCCCACUAAGUUAGUUAAAUAAUCUUGACAUAUGAACAACUUCAAAUAUUACACAAUUACAUAUUGGUCUUUUGACUUGCUUUUAUUUGUUUUUAACCAUUAAAACUGAAUUUUACUUUAUUUAUCAAGAAGAAACAAUGUUAAAUUUUAUUAACUUUAUUUAUCAAGCAGUGCAGCAGUGAAAAUGUGGAUCAGGGACAGCUACAAUCAGACCUGGCCGACUCCACUCAACCACCACCUCCCUAGGGAAGCCAGAAGCAGGAUUAACCAGGUUCGGACCUGACCAACUCAACCCUACCACUACCUCCCAAGGGAAGAGUAAAGACAAGGUCUCAAGAGCAGAAUUUCAGCCAGCAAUAUCGACUCUGUUCUAUUACAUUUAUUUACUUAAAGUACCAACUCUAUAGUAUUCAUAAUAGUAGUUAUUUGUAUUAGCAUUAUUAAUAAAAAUAAAAGAGAAGC